GUCGUGACGGUAUUUUGCGAGAGAAUGACUAAACCAAAUGGAUCAUUCUGUAUUUCUAUAUUAUGUAUUGCUUUCAAUGUUAUCAAAACGCCCAACAAUUCUUCAUUCAAACAUUCGUGGACUAAUGGCCAAACAUCACUGGAAAUUUUACCUACUGGGGACAAACACUCUAAACCAAGUGGAGUACGGUUAAUCUUCACUUGCAAAUUACCAACGAGUGGUGAUGCCAAUUUAGUCGAAAUCGAAUGGCUGGGUCCCAAUAUGAAUAGAAUUGAAUCUCGACACUCCUACACAUCGAAUUUAGCCAAUAUCCAUUUGUACACCGAGAAACAUCAAGAUAAUAGUCUUUCGCUGGUGUUUAAUCCACUUAAGGAAGAAUUGAGUGGAAGGUAUACGUGCGUUGGUUCUUAUGCUGGAGCUGAAAAAAUAAAUAAAUCUUUGGAUAUUGAAACUAUUGAAACCAUAACGUUCAAAAAUGCUCCAGAAUAUCAAUACGCUACAUUGGGAGAGGAAUAUAAAAUAAGGUGUGAAGUUAAGGCUCGUCCAGCACCAACAGUAGAUUGGUUCAAAGAUAAUGAACGUCUUAUAACUGGUGAUCACUACAUUGUAGAAACACACGCGUUAAAAAUUAAUCAAGUGAGAGAUGAUGAUAAAGGCGUUUACACUUGUCACGCUGCUGUUCUACAAACUGGAGAGCUUCAAGAACGUUUAAUUACUUUGGAAGUGCAAGAAAAGCCAAAGAUAAAUGAAGUCUCAUCGGAAAUAGAAAUUAUAGAAGGUAGAGCGCAGAAAAUUGAUAUUUGUAAUGCGACUGGAAAACCUGCUCCCAAAUAUUCUUGGUUAAAUACAAUAAGAAAGGUGAAUCUUUCGGAAGCUGAUCGUUUUUACGUAGAUCGCGAUACUGGAAUUUUACAAAUUACUAACGUUCAAGAUGAUGAUGAAGGAGAAUAUCAAUGUAUUGCUGAAAACGUUGCUGGAUCAGCGAUGUUGCCUAUUCGUGUGAAUGUUCUUAAGAAACCGAAGAUAAUGGAGUUCCAAAACAAAACAGUAGUUGUAGGAAAAGAAGUAAAAUUAGAAUGUAAAGUCUACGGAAAGCCAGCACCUGGUGUUACAUUUAGAAAACAAACGGCUUCUAAAUCAUUUGUAUUGGGAAAUCAGCCAAACGAUGAUAGAAUCGUAUUGAGAACUUAUGAUGAUAAUACUACCGGAAAAACUACUGCUGUUCUCACUAUUUCUAAUGUUUUACGUGAAGACGAUGGGCUCUACGAGUGUAUAGCUAAAAAUAAAGUAGAAGAAGCUCGCAAAAAUGGACACUUGACAGUCGAAUUUCCUCCAUCAUUUGCAUCGAUGAUAAAUCAAACUGUUUGGUCCUGGGAUCGUCGUCCUGUCAAUCUCACUUGUAUUGCUGAGAGUAUUCCGAAUGCAACAAUUCAAUGGUUCCAUGGAGAUCGACCACUAUUCCAACAAAAUGUUCAUGUUGAUGAUACGAUUGUGUAUAAGCAGUUUGGUAAAGGGCCUAACAGCACAUUAAACAUUAUUCCAAGUGAUGCUAGAUAUUAUGGAUUUUACAAAUGUAAAGCAAGUAAUAUACAUGGAGAAAGCACUCAUACAAUCCAAUUAAAUAUGGGAGAAAAGCCCAAAGCUAUUCCUCAAGCUCGUAUCAGUACAAUAACAGCUACAACUAUUUCUUUCGAUAUCGUUCCACCUCCAAUGCAUCCAGAACUACCAAUCAAAACAAUUACCGUUCAAUAUAAAACAGAAAAUGAAUUUUGGACCACCGCAAAAAAUAAGACUUGGAGUUUAAACUCUCCAUAUGUUCUUGAAAAUUUACUCCCUCAAGUUGGUUACGAGUUUAGAUUUCAUGCUACAAAUGAUGUUGGUGAUGGACCCUGGGGCUCUAUUCUCCAACAAAUGAUGCCUGUGAGAUCCGUGCCACAGACUCCAAAGAUGCUAAUGAAUAAGGAAAAUGUUGAGUACGAUACAUCUAUGUAUAGCAAUCAAUACAAAGUCAAAUGGCUGGCGCCUUUAGAUAAUGGAGAUCCCAUUGAUAAAUAUGAACUUCGAAUUUGCGAAAUAAAACGAGUUGAAGGCGAUUGGCAACUUCAGGAGAGAACGUGUCGCGUCGAUGAAAUCAAGGGACAAAGAGACGAGCAUUACGUCAAAGAUCUUACUCCUGAUAGAUACUAUUCUGCUCAACUCAAAGCACAUAACUCUAUAGGUUAUUCAGAAGCUGGAAUUUUACAAUUCAGAACUGCCAAAGAAUCAAGCAGCACUGUGGACUACUCGAUACUAUCUACUGGAGAUUCGUCCAAGCUCAAGCCCAUCGUUCAUGCGAUUGUCACAGCUUUAGUAAUUCUCUCCUUAGCCAUUUAGAGUCGCCAUUAAUUAUCGGGGAUACAUCACCCCGCUAUUUAUCAUACAUAUAUACAUUUUUAUUUAAAUGUCCCCUUUGAAGAGCUGAAAAAAAAGUUUUUUUAUAUAAUUUUUUUUUUUAUUUUUUGAGUACAAAAAGUCAUACUAGGAGAUAGAUAUCUCUUUUGGCUUUUUUUACUCUUUUUUAUACGGUGGAAUGAGUGAUAACGAACGGAUGGAAUUUUAAAGACAGACUUUCUCAUUACCGUACUCACAACGACACUAAAGAUAAUGUAAAGUAGGAUUAAUUAGGUGGUAUGCUAAUUAAUACAUUCCGAGGUGUGUAGGAGUUCUAUAGAAAUCAUAAGAUCUCCUUCCGAGAGCUCCAAGCAGUAAUUAAAAUUAAUGAAAAUGCAUAAAAAGCGUAAAAAUAUAAUCUGAUAAAAUUUAGAUUAUAUAAUCUAGGAUCGAGUAAACAUGUAAAAUAUUCAACGAUACUAUACAAUAAUGUAUUUAUAGAUAUUAUUAGGUAUUAUUGAAUGCUCAUUAUUAUAAACGUACUGGUACGUUCAUUUUCCAUCAAUAUUAGGAUACUUAAUGCCUUGCAUUGCCAAAAAAAAAUAAAACGCUUGAUUGUAUACGUGUACUCGUACAAUUUCAAUUGAAGUAUACACUUUUGAAAUAGGAGCUUGAUACAAUUACCUAGGUGUUCAUGCUGUUCAAUGUAAUAAUCUAAAGUAAUCUUUUAUAAAAAGUAAAUAAAUAUCCAAAUAAAUCAAUAAUUUAAUUAUUGAUUUUGUUUUUAAAUUUGGCAACGCGAAUUGUUUAAGAGUAUUAAUACAGCAUUCAAUGAUUAGGUUUAGGUAUUAGAUAGGAACUAUUGUUCUUAUUUUCUAUUUAAAAUAUAUACAUAUUUUAUGUUAUAUAUAUAUUUUUUUUAGCAUGAAAAUUCAUUUUUUCAAACUACUAUCCUUCUAAUGAUUAUUAAAAUUGACUGUUAAUUUUGAGAAUAUUCUUUCUUUUUGGUGCUAAUGCCAAAGUAUUCCGUGAAAGUAUCUUUCUACAUUUUUUCUGUGGGUGGAUAAAAAUAAUUAAACUUGCAUUAUAUUUUAAAUAGAAACAGUAGUUGAAAAUGCAUAAAUAUUCCAAAUAUUGCAUUUGUUUUUUAGUCGUUUUUCUUUUGAAUGUUUUUUUUUUUGUUUGCUUUACUACUAUUGGAAAAAAAUGCAUUAUUUUAGUGAGCAUGUUUAAAUACAUCUAUAAUAAUUAUUGAGUAAUAAUUAUCAGUAACAAUUAUUGUUUAUUAACAUGAAAAUAAUUAUUUUGUUAGUUAUUAUAAUUUACCAUAAUUAUUAUUGUAUUAUUGUCACCAAUUUUGUUAAAGCCAAAUUUGAUGAAUCUCUUGAUUUUAAUUGGAAGCUUUCUCCUAUUAUAAAAUCAUUUUCUUUUGAAUCUCUUCAUCAUUAUUACUUUUAUAAAAUUUAACUUUGUAAAAAAAUUUUCAGUUAAUGAUAAUUAUUUAUAAUUGUUUAUGAAUUAUUUUAUUAUAUUUUUUAACUUGUUAAUGAUUAAAUUUGAAAACGUGAAAUAAUUAAAACAUUACACUUUAUCUAAUUUUAUAAUUUAUGAAACCAGAACAACGAACUUAAGUUCCUUGACCUACUUUAAAACACUUUUGUUCAUCUUCUAUUUAUUGUCGUGACAAUACUCGAGUUGCGUGUCCGGUGACAAUAAACAAGUUUAAAAAAAAUAAUAAUAAUAAAAGUUAAAAACAGGCAAAAAUAAACAAUAAAAGUUUGCAAAAAAUAUAAGACUUGUAAAAGCAGUAGAUAUAUUUUAUAGUCAUAGGGGAUUGUUUUUUGCGGCAUUUCACGCAAUUACAGUCAAAUAUGGAAUAGAAGUAGUGAGUGAAAAUGACGAGGAAUGAAUGAGUGAGUAAAUGUAAGAGAGGAAAGGUUUGAGAGGGGUUGGCAAUAGACCGUUCACCGGAAAUAUUUGACAAUAGUGUUUUACCCGUUAAUGAUGAUGAACAAGAGAAUGGAAGAACUAAGAAAUAUUUUUCAAAAAAUGUCAUUAGCAUUCUUUGCUUCCGGGUUUCUCUACAUUCGAAUACCUCUAGAUCCAUUUUCCUUUUGAUUGUUUUCCCAUCAUCUUUGACAUCUGAUCCUGUAAAUUAUUUGAGAGUUUAACAUGCCAAGUAAAUAGUUGAAAAGUUGAAGAAAAUAACGAGAAAGUUUUUAUUCUGGAUGUUAACCUAUCCAAUUUCAUAAAUGCUCCUUCAAGUGUUCAGUGGAGGUAUCUUGAGAUCUCUUAAUGGUGUCUCCCAUUAAUCUACAUUACUGCCUCGUCGUGUAAUAUCUAAAACGUGGUGUAAGGACGUCGGUAUUGCUAGUACACGUUCACAAGAUCCUUUGAUCCAUUAUACUUGCUAAACAUUGCGUAUCUUACAAGAAAAAAAGAUGUCAAAGGAGUCAAAUAUCUCUCAACCUUUCCACUCUUAUCUAGAUUAAAUAAAUACGUACACAAUCAACGUACAUUGAGUUGCAAAUCGUUCAUAUGGAAUUCUUUUUUUUUCUAUAUUAACUUUUCAUAUGUAUACAUUUUUCGAUAAUAUUAAAAUGUACGUAUGCAUACAGUGUUUAACGUCUUGUAUUUAUAAGAAUGAGGGAUUAAAUUAGUUUUGUGGAAUAAACUGUACAUAAACAACGGAGAAAAUAUAAAUGAGUGUUUAAAAAAAAAAUA